AUGCUACUGAUGGCCACUGGCUUGAGAUAUUUUCUCAUGGCUGUCCUGAUAGUAGCAGUGGAGAUUGAGAGAAGGCUAAUCUUUCCCUUCAACUUUUUAGGUUGCAUGGACAUCUUCAGCUCCAGAAAACCAUUUUUCCUGAAAGAAUAAAAACUGAGUUUAAACUUUAUCCUAUCAUAUAAGAAAGAAGAGGCCAAGGUGAUAAUGUUUUGGUGUAAAAACAAAACAGCACACGACUGUUCUCCUGAGACCAGUUUUCAGCAGCUAAAGCUGAAACAGGGAGUGGGGGUAGAAGAUAAUUGGAAGGAACACUAUACGUCCAAAGUCCUUACCACACUUUGGGCCAAGCUGACAGACAGAGGCACCUACCAGUGCUGUGCAAUCAGCCAGAAUACCGAUCCUUUCCUUCCGGACCACUAUAUCUCUGUGACAAUCCAGGAUCAAUCACACGAUGUCCAGGGGCUUCUCCUCAUCCCACUAGCUUCCAGAGUCUCUCCAAACAGCACAUGUAACCUUCCGAAAGCCACUGACCAGAAUGGCAAUCAGGCUUAUUAA